CUCUGACAGAUUAUUUUAGAACCGGCUAUACCUAAACAUCCAGAAAAACAUUCUUUGACUCACGAGAUGAUUUUAUCUUAAGCUACCUACUACAAACACAACAACACAUUCACAUCUUUAGUCCCCAAAACACAACAAUACAUUCAGCUCUUUUCUCCCCAGAACUGUCAGCUUUCUCAUCCUGUAAGAACAUAAAAGAAACGUUGUUCUAAAAUGUGAAAAAAUAACUUCUCCAAUAUCAUAAGGCUUGGAACAAGAUGUACUCCAUUAAAACUGAACACUUUCAACAAAAACAUCCCUAAUUAAUGUUAACAAAAAAAAAUAGCAACUUAUAUAAAAUGCUGGGGGUGCUUUUUUGUUAAUGUAUAAUUUUAUAUUGGUUUUCAGACUAGAAGGCACCUAAGAUCAGGUGUUACCAGAACCAGUGCAGCGAUACAACAACGGUGGUGUUCCACUUAUUUGAGAAAACAAGCAUCUUUACUGGCACAUUCAGCACACUGUUUUUCCUGAGUAUAUGCAUUUCCACAUUGCAAUGCAUCAUACACAAAUACUAUUCAGGAAGCAAUGAAACAACGAUCACAAGAUUAUAGGAAAGCUAUCAUUACAACAGAAUGGAGGAAAAAAUAAUCAAGAGGUAAUAAUACAUGAAAGUUAAGUUCAUGUAUUAAGGUUCAUGUAUUAUCUUAAAGGUCACUGACACAUACAUGGGCAUCGUAGUUCAAUAGUAUUUCUUUCCUUCUAUGUAUGUUAGUCUAUCUCAUCUGGCAGGUCUUUGAGAACAAGAUUUUCACAGAAGACCCAACCACUGGCAGGAUGAGCACAACUGUUUUGUGUUGAAAAUAAUCACUGUUCACGAUGAUCUAUGCAUUCAAAGUAAUUAACAGUAUUGCAAUCACAGCAUAAGUGACAGUAUUUUUUUUUUACCUCAAAUUCAUUAAUACCUUGUUCUCAAAAUAUGAACUACUUUUUCCCUCUCAGUCUUGAUGUGCUCCCAACCAAAACCAAGACUUUCUACAUUUCAAAGCACUUCUCCAAAUGCAGAUCUAUUAAAGUGUACACACAAAACCAGCCUGCGCAUGGUUUCCAUCACAACUUUAUUUUUUAAAGGAAAAACUGCAAUGCUUUAAAACAAAAGGAAAUCCAUUUGAUUUCCAGGCCCUGUGAGAUCUAACGUGCAAUGUGUUAACCAGCUGGCCUAGGUCUGAAAGAGCUGAAAAAAAAAAUAAAAUUAAACUACUUGUAUUUCUCCAACUGUAAAACCUUCUGUAUUGCCAGGUCUUCAGGUCUUCCUGCAACUAGGGUACUGGAUAAUUUAGACUAAAAUAAAUGUUUAUUAAAUAAAAAGGGCGUUGAUUUCUUGGCAGCGGUGAAAAGCAUGAGACACCCCUAGCGUCGACGUAAAAUACUACACGACUCCAUACUGGACUCCAGAUUAACUUUACGGCAGAAAAAGGGAAAUUUAAAUCCGUCAUGACUGAAAAAACAGAAGGACUUCGCGCACACACACACACCUGGACACAUCGCACUCCCGCCACCUCAAACCCCGAGCACCCAUGGUACGCGCAGAGUCAGCUUUCUGCCCCAGCCCAGCUACAGAGCACAUUAUCCAGUCCACUGGGCUACGUGCAUUACAGCUUUCCGGUCCGCACACGAACAGCACAGCGCUACUGCUGCUGCACCGGGGGCGGGGGGAGAACCCCGCGGAGCUGCGAAACAACCCCCGCACGGCAGUGCUGCCGAAAUUGCCGGAAUUUUGUCUGGAAACGGCUCCGGGGGAUGAUGGUGCCUCUGUGGAACAGACGAGAUCCAGCCCGGACGAGGCGAAUCCCCGGACCGCGGAGAGGGCCGGGUGGGGUGAGAUGAAUAUCCGAUCAUUAUCAGUGCUGGGCCUGGCUAAAUGUGACUGUAGGGCUGCAGCGAAUGGCUUAAAAUGUCUUGAAAAGGACUCCAAGGAUGCAGCUUUCCUGACCUGUACAUCAGACUUUGUCUUCAAGCUCACUGUGGCCAAGCAGCAGGACCACUUUUUUCAAGCUGCCUACCUGGAGGAGAGAGAUGCUUGGGUGCGGGAUAUCAAGAAAGCAAUUCAUCACAUAGAUGGAGGCCAAAGAUUUGCCAGAAAAUCCACAAGAAAGUCUAUCAGAUUGCCUGAAACAAUCAAUCUGAGUGCUUUGUACCUCUCAAUGAAAGAUCCUGAAAAGGGAAUAAAGGAGUUGAAGCUGGAAAAAGAUAAGCGAGUGUUCAAUCACUGCUUUACAGGCACCAAUGUGAUUGACUGGCUAGUGUCCAGCAGCUCCAUUCGAAAUCGCAAAGAAGGUCUCCUGCUUGCCUCUUCCCUCUUGAGUGAAGGCUACCUACAGCCUGCUGGGGAUACGUCCAAGGCAGCUGCCGAGGGACUGUCAGACACUCCGUUCCUAGAUCUCAGUGAUGCCUACUAUUACUUUCCAGAUAGUGGAUUUUUCUGUGAGGGGUAUUCCAGUGAUGAUGAUGUGGUCCUAAAAGAAGAAUUCAGAGGCACAAUUGUUAAACAAGGAUGUUUGCUGAAACAGGGACAUCGUAGGAAGAAUUGGAAAGUGAGGAAGUUCGUUUUAAGAGAUGAUCCUGCAUAUCUUCACUAUUAUGAUCCUGCUGGAGGAGAAGAACCACUGGGAGCAAUUCACUUGAGAGGCUGUGUGGUGACAGCAGUGGAAGAUAUGCCAGACACCAAGAAGUAUGAUGUUGAUAACAUCCUCUUUGAAAUCAUCACAGCAAAUGAAAUCCAUUAUUACUUGCAAGCAGCCUCCUCCACAGAGCGUACAGAGUGGAUCAAGGCAAUCCAGUCAGUUGCUAGGACUGAAAAAAAUCAGGAGGGUAAUGCAGAAGAAGCACCAGCUGUUCAUGCUGUUGAGAUGUCCUGUAUACCAUUGUUAAUGGAACCAGCAUGUUCCUGCUCUGAGGUCCAGGGAGCCACAAAAAAGAGGAAUAAUGAUGCUGCUUCCAGACUUUCGAUUCCUCUUCCUGAUGAUAAUGAAAGCAAGCAGUCAAAAUCUAUUCCAAGAAAGAGAGUACUUCCAUCUUGGAUGCUGGAAAGAGAUCUGAUGCAGAAGGUUUCCAAGCCUGUAAUGACAGGAGAUAGUAGGAAGCAAAAGGGCCAAAGAUGGGCAGAAGGUCAUACAGAGUCAUUAAAAUCAGAAGUACAUGUGCAGCAGAGAAAAAGAUCAGCUUCAGAAGAAACUAUAGAGGAUUUUGAAGGUGACGAGCAAGAUCAAAGGAAAAGGAGCUGCCUUUCCAUCCCUGUUCCUUUAUCUCAGAAUACAUCUGGAUUUCCUCUUGAGACUACCAUGAGGCAUAUGGAAGGAAGUGGCAACACUGGAACAAAAGUCCCUGGAAGUUCUCUGGAAAAAAAUGAUAGGCAGCUGCAUAGCAAAUGGUCUAAAAGAGUUGGUCAGAUCUCCAGUAAAGACAAUAGAAUUGAGGAAACAGAAAACAAAGAGCAGAUUACUGGUUCUACAAGCCGACAAGCUCACUGGGGCAGGAUUUCCCAAUAUUUUAGUGCCCAGGAAGGGAGUCUUGAGCCUGAUACAAAUCUGGACUACAACACUGAGAUUUCUGAUUCAACCAGAAGUGCAGAUGCUUCAGAAAACUCCAAACAGAUGCAGCAUAAGAGGACACCUUGCAUGUAUGGAAGUGGCUGUUACAGGAAGAAUCCCAUUCAUUUCCAACAGUUCAGUCAUCCUAAUGAUGAUGGAUAUCAUGACAUGGCGAUGGUGGCUAAGGAUGACAAUGACAACCGACCGGAGUGCCCUUAUGGAACGGCUUGUUAUAGGAAGAACCCCCAGCACAAGCUGGAAUACAAGCACAGUGCAGCUCCAGUAACUGGAAGAGGAACACAACAACGAACUUCGAGGAAUGGAAAAAGCACUGUGGAGAAAGACAGUGUCAAUGAUGGUGAAGCCAAUCACAGCUUUAUAGAUGAUGACGAGGAGGACGAGGAGUGCGAACCUACUGAUGAAGACUCGGACUGGGAACCAAGUUCAGAAGAAAAGGAUAAUGAAGAUGCUGAGACACCUGUGCAAAAAACACGUAGAUUUGUUAGGAUCAAAAAAUAGCCGCUCAGAACAGCUAUGAAUGUCCAGUGUGGUUGUGUUAAAACAUGGUUGCACAAACGAGAGGAAUUGUUUGAAAUUUUUUUUUCUCCAUGAUGUAGGCACUACAGGAAGGUAAUAAUGGGUGUGCGGGAAUUCUGCAAUACCUUUCUUGUCCAUAUGUAUUAUUUUGGGGCUGGUAUAGUGUUUUAUUAAGUCGUGGACCCAGAGGAUAGAGUUCUGAACAUUUUUGGUUGUUUUUUCUUUUUCUCUCUCUCUUUUUUUUUUCUUCUUGCAAAGCCAGUGGUAUCUUGUAUUUUGAAAUACAGUUUCAAAGAUUGCUAAAGCGUCAUCUUCCUGUGCUUGAAAGAAAUAUUGCAGGUAGGAAUGCCUAAGCCAUUUCUGUUGUUGAGUUAGUGGAGUUUUAAACUUUAUUAUUCUAUCCCCAUCUUUCCCAGGUGGUGUUUUUCUGGUUCUCUUCAGGUACAGUAGUUAAAUACAGGUUGUCUAAAUCACUUGAGAACAGGAUCUCAGUGUAUUGAACCACUUGAUUGUCUCAACAACAAUUAUAGUGUUAUUUGCUCUAAUUACAACAGUACCUCUUUCUGUGUACAUCACUGGAAUUUUGUCCAGUUCUCAGCAAAGUCUUGAUGACUGUAUUUUUGCAUAAUUAAACUUGUAACAUACAGUGGGAA